CAGCGGGGGCGGCGCCGCAGGCGGGGAGCUCUGGAUCGAGGUGGCGCUGCCCGGCGCGGCGCUGGCCCGGCCGAGGCCCCCGCUCGGGCAUGCGCGGGCGAGGGCCCUGCAGGAGUUCCACAAGUGGGCUGUGGGCGCCGCCGGCAGGGCGGGGUGAUCCCUGGAGUCCCCUCGAGCCCGAGCGCGCGGUCGGUUGGCCGACCACGCCAGUGUCGCAGAGGGAGCGAGCGACUGGGCAGCAUUAUUCAAUCUCGUCCGCCCAGCUGGUGGGGCACCUGGGAGGCAGAGUUCGUGUCAGUUCGUCAACGCAGGCCGCGCCUGCCUGUCAAUUAUGUUCAGCUGGAGAUCGGGCAAGCAUCCAAUUCGGGCUGCGCGGGUUCCAGCUCGAGGCACCGCACGGGGGCCAGAAUUGCAGUGCCCGCGCAGGCUGACUGCGACGGGAGGAGGAGGAGGAGUGUGCCGGCGAUGCAGCGCAUGAGGUUUCCCAUUGAGCCGCAUGUUGUCUUCGCAAUCGCGUUCUGCUACGCGCAGGCGGGGAGCGACUGGCACACCUGAUUCGUUGGCUUCUACGCCGCGGAGCACCGCCGGCGACGGGGUGCUCGAGCACGACCACGUGAGCCAGAGCCGGGAGG